AUGGUUUUAAAUGCCGCUGUACAAAUGUUGAGGGAGGCAGAUGAAUUAAAACAGAAGAUUUUAAAUUUUAACAGUGGAACAUCAAUGCUUCAAGACCGUAGCUUAUGGACUACACAACAAAAAUUACAAAAUGUUUACCAAAAAAUACUAAUGCUGGACCUGGAUUAUGCUUUAGAGAAGAAAGUUGAACAAGAUCUCUGGAAUGUUGGCUUCAAACAGCAGAUUGAAGCAUUACAAGCUAUUUCCAAAGAUAGGAAGAGCCCUCUCCGCUGCGAAGGUCAAGCAAUGUUGUCAUGGGUUUUACAAGCGGCUGCUGGCUUUUACCUUUGCCUUCUUCAUCAGAUUUGCGCUACAUUCAAACUGGAUUUACCGUUCAGACGCAGGGCAUCUCUGUUGGGGUCAGUGGAGGCCUGGGGGCCGGGUGCCUCCGCCGCUCCGGCGGCCGCCCGCUACGCCAGCCAGCAUUGCCUCGUCCACCUGGGCGAUCUGGCCCGCUACCGGCAGCAGCUGCGCGUCGCGCACACGUUCUACCGCCACGCGCUGGCGGUGUCGCCCCACUCGGGCCAGCCCUACAACCAGCUCGCUCUGGUCGCCUGGCGUCGCGGCAGGCGCCUGGCGGCCAUCUACUGGCACGUGCGCUCGCUACUGGUGCGCGCGCCCUUCCCGCCCGCGCCCGCCAACCUUUCGCGGACCCUCUCCGCGGCUAGCCGAGAUGUCAAGGAGACGCCACCCAUGCCAGUUCUGCCAGGAUUGACUAACAGCAUCACAACACACACGGCAUCAGCAACAGCAGUGAAGACUGAACGUUUAGACGCACAUUCCUACGUAACCGAGCUCAUUCGAGCCAUUAACUACAUUCAUACUGUGGAACAAUUGGACACAGCAACAGCUUUAGUAAACACAUUGAACACCUCACUUACACCUUUAGUUGCGACCGACGGCUUUGAAUCAAUGACACUAAUAAAGAUGUCGUGCGUGCUGAUAUGGCUGGUGCAGAGCUCGAGCGAGGAGUUGAGCAGCGAGGCGGCCCUGAGCGCCGACGAGGCGGAGGCGUCGCGGCUGGCGGCGUCCCUGGCGGCCAGCACGCUGCUCGCGCUGCUGCUGCCCGCCUACGCGGCGCCCGAGCCGCCCCGGAAGGCGCUGCCCUCGCUGAAGGUGUGGCUGCAGUGGCUGGUGGCGAAGCCCCGAGCCCUGCAGGCGGCGGCGUGGCGCGCCAGGCCCCAGCUCUGGCCCGCCCUGGCGCAUUGCCUGGCUGCCCUAGGGCCCAAAGCGGCCCUCCUGCCCGCCGGCAUAUACGCCACGGUGCCGCUGCCCGAGGACGAGGAGCUGCACGGCUUCCUCCCUCUAGAGGACGCCUUCAACGGUCUGAAGUUCUCCUACCACAGCACUUGGGACACGUACGGCGGCCGGCUGCCAGAGCUGGAGGCCGGCAACGACGGCGACACCGGGCCGUCUGGAGUGGCGGUCUCUCGCUUCAGCGGUGAGCCCGAGCUGGAGGAGAGGCUCCGUGCGCAUCGUCUUCUCCACCUCGGGAAGCAGCUCGCCGACCAGAAUCCAGAGCAUCUCUCCUACACAACGUCCGAGGACGGCGGCGUGUCGUUCGCGGCGUCGUCGGCGGGCGGGGAGCAGCUGACGCUGGCGCUGGCGGAGCUGUCGUCGGUGGCCGAGCGCGGGGGCGGAGCGCCCGCGCGGGAUGCGGAGCCCGAGGGGGACAGCGAGGACGAGCCGCCGCCGCCCCCGCCGCCCGUCGUCAUUUCGGAGGCCGACUUCCGCGAGAAAGUGCGCGAGAAACGCGUCGGCAUCUUGAAGCCGCAGGGGUCGCUGGAGAGGGCAAGAGAGGAAAGGGCACUCGCGCACACACAAGACCAACAGGAAAUAGAAGAAGACGGGGCCAAAGGGGAAGAAAAGAAGGAGGCGCGGAAACCGCGGGUGAACAUCGCCAUGGCGGCCAUCAUGCGCAAACAGGAAGAGACCAAUAAGCAGGUGAAGUUCGCAUCGCCGCCGCCGACUCCGGAAUCGUUGGCGGACGCCAACGAGCUGGACUCCAAGGAGUCGCUGGAGGAGAGACCGAAAGUGAUCCAGCCGAAAGCGAUCAAAUCCCUGAGCAGCCUGCCCGUUGGACGGAAGACCGGCGGCAUCCUCUCGCUCAAGGACAAGUCGGCCGGCUACCCGCACCUGGUGAACACCGAACCGGAGCCGGUGAAGAAGUGCGACAAAGAGGAGAAGAAGGAAACGAAGCCGAGCCAGAGCGGCCAGGGCUGCCAGCAGGGCUACCCCAAUUGGCAGGAGCAGCCGCCGCAGGCGAACUGGCCCGCCCCGCCGCCGCAGCCCUACGGCACGAGGGGCUACGGCGUCCAGAGCGCGGGCCCGAGCUACGGCCCCGGCCAGCCCUUCGGCCAGGGCAUCCGGCUGCCCGUCGUGAGCCCCAAGGAGAUCGACGUGCGGACGGCGGCGCUGCAGAGGCAGAGCUCGCGGCCGGAGCCGUUCCACGAGGGGCCCAAGCUGCCCCCGCACGGCCACCAGCUCUCGGGCGACAAGAAGAGCUUCCUGAACGACCUGCCGCCGCGCUUCGCCAACCAGUACCGCUACUGGCACAACGCGCAGGAGGCGCAGCAGAACGAGAACAAGUUCAGGGAUGACAGCUUCAAGCAGAGCUUCGAGCAGCCGCAGCCGCCGCGGAACUGGGCGAACACGCAGCCGGUCGGCUGGUGGAAGCCGGACAAUCAGGCCGGCUUCAACGGCAGCUUCGCGCCGCCGGCGGGCCAGCCCAGCUACUUCGCGCACCUAACCAACGCCCAGAGCCCGUACGUGGGCCUGCCCUACGGCCAAGGCCAGCCCAAGCCGGAGGCGCCGAGCUGGCAGCCGGCCGUGGGCCAGCCCCAGAUGCCGUCGCUGCAGAGCCUGGUCACCCUGGCCAACUUCGGCGGCUCCUACUCGCCGAGUGUCGGCUACGACUCCUCGAUGUACCCGCAGUUCGGCAACAAACUCGGCUACCAGCCCGUCCAGAUGAACCAGAUGAACAUUCCCGAAAAGCCCUACCAGCCGAAGGAGCUCGAGGAUCGCCUGAACUUCGCCACGGGCAUGGAGCAGAUGAAUUUGGGAUUCGGCGGCGUCGGUCACGACGUGGGCGGCGCAAAUCCCUUGGAGCAGGUCGGCGAUAGUGCCACGGGGGGCAACACCUACUCGCUCUUCAGUGCCGCCCCAGAGCCAGCCGCCUGGCAGCAGCGCCGACAGCAUCAGUCAUUGUGGUCUGGUCCCGGACCAUCUCCGCUGGAGAGGCUGUUGGAACAGCAGAAACAGAUGCAGCCGCCGCCCGCCCCGCAC